CACGUGCAUUACCAUUACCUAGGUUUUUUGACACAAAGAACAAAGUGAAGGAGAGAGAGAGAGGAGAGGGAGAUUCUAAAAAUAGAAUAUGGCCGGAGCAAUGGCUAGAAUUCAGGUGACGCGCCGGAGCUCCGACGAUAUUUUGGAAUUUCCAGGCAGCGCUGCAAGUCUCGCCGACAUGGUUUUGGGUUUCUUCGAGCAAGUCGAGGUGUCGCCGGAGAAUAUUACCUCUGGCUCCGAUGAGGAUGAGGAGAAUUCUUUCAGUGUGGAAGAGAAUAAGGCAUUUUGGGAAGAACAAGACCAACUUCUCCAGGCAACAUUGUGCAAGAGCAGUGGCAUUGAGACCAAAAUUCGGCAGGCCACCAAGGAGGCGUUACGUGACAUAAACUCGUCGGCCGCAGAAUAUUGCGUGUGCUCGAAGCCUGUGUUUGGCGGUUGCCGGAGUUGUUUGCGCAACGAAUUAUGCAAUCGGCUUAUAGAUUUUGGGUACAAUUGUGUCAUUUGCAAGUCCAAAUGGAGAAGCUCAACAAGUACCCCAGCAGGAGAGCAUACUUAUUUGGAAGUGCUGGACACAAGUUCAAAGAGAGGGGAGAUUAGGGUGGUGAUUGAGCUGAAUUUCCGAGCUGAGUUUGAGAUGGCCAGAGCCAGCGAAAACUACAACAGAUUAAUCAGCUGGCUGCCCGAAGUGUUUGUUGGGAAAGCCGAAAGACUAAGAGCCUUGAUCAAGAUUCUCUGCUGCGCAGCCAAAAAAUGUAUGAAGGAGAAGAAAAUGCACUUGGGGCCAUGGAGGAAGCACAAGUACAUGCAAGCCAAGUGGUUCGGGACGUUCGAGCGGUCCACGCCGGGGUCCUUGCCGGUCAGAUUUGCAAACGGACCGCCCAAGCCGAAGGCUUCCAUGCUGACCUUUGAUUUGCUGGAGGCCAUGCCUGGCUUGCAUUGCACUGCAGUUGAAGUUGUGUGAUAUGAUGAAGGAAAAAGUUUUGCACGCGGUUUUGGUUUUAGGCCUCUCUUAGGCUUUAGCCAAUUGUAACAAAUUAUAUAUCUAUAUGCAUGUGUAAAAAGAUGCGAGGUACUAAAAGUAUAUAGGUAGAGAGGUUAAUUGCUGUUGAGUUUUUUUCGAAAGGUGUGGUGGUUCAAAAACUUCAAAUGAUCCCUUCCCUUUGUUUAACUCAGUUAGCCUGUAUUGUAAUGAAAUUUUUAUUUCCUAUUUGUUUUACCACAUCAAA